AUGACGCUUCAAUUCCUCGUCUUCCUAGGACUCCUAGCCUUGGCAGAGGCCUCCCUUCGCUUCAAGAGACAUUCUCCUUCAUCAAGCCUUCAGCACUAUUUCCGGGAUAAAGCUGCCCGACAGCAACAUCCACGUUUGGGUCGACAAGCAUAUUAUACGCAACCACAGCAGUACUACGGCUAUAACACUCCUGCACACUACCAACAACAGUACCCGCAAUAUCCGCAGUAUCAGCACUACCAGCCGCAGCCUUAUUAUCGGAGCUCUCCACAAUACCAACAGUACCCGUACUAUCAGUACAGUCAACCCUCAUAUAAUGGUUACUCUCAGUACAAUUACCCAAGCGCUUACUCUGGUUAUUCUCAACCAUCAAGGUGCUGUGAACAAAUGGAGAAUCAUCCUGAGCAAUAUCUUGUCCGGCAUGUGAUCCAUACUUGA